CCGGCCUGGCGGUGGCACAAGCACGAGCCUAAACCCGAGCCUAAUCCGGCGGUCCGUGCUCGGCGGCGGGCGUUUGACCAGAACCAUAGAUUAUGAGGACGUUAGGACACACUGCAAAACCUUCCUUUUUGAUAAAAAGCUUUGCCACUGUGAGCAGAUUGCUGUUAGCAGCAGCUAUGCAACAGGCAAAAAUGUCUGCAGCAUGCGACUUCGUUAUGCUCCACACUGGGCAGAAGAUGCCUCUCAUAGGACUGGGAACUUGGAAAAGUGAGCGUGGCCAAGUGAAAGAAGCAGUGAAAUAUGCCCUAAGUGUGGGUUAUUACCACAUCGAUUGCGCAGCUGCUUAUAGUAAUGAAGCAGAGAUUGGUGAGGCUUUCCAGGAAUGCCUUGGGCCAAACAAGAUUAUUAAAAGGGAGGACCUGUUUGUAACAUCAAAGCUCUGGAAUACCAAGCACCACCCAGAAGAUGUAGAGCCAGCACUAAGAAAAACACUUGGAGAUUUGAAACUGGAUUACCUGGACCUGUACCUCAUGCACUGGCCUCAUGCCUUUGAACGAGGGGACAAUCUCUUCCCAAAGAAUCCCGAUAACACGAUGCGUUAUGAUUACACUGAUUACAAGGAUACCUGGAAGGCUAUGGAGAAGCUGGUAGAAAAAGGUCUUGUGAAAGCCAUUGGGCUGUCAAACUUCAACAGUCGUCAGAUUGAUGAUGUACUAAGCGUGGCUACUGUCAAACCAGCUGUGCUCCAGGUAGAAUGCCAUCCUUACCUAGCUCAGAACGAGCUGAUAGCUCACUGCCAGAAACGAGGACUGGUUGUCACUGCCUAUAGUCCCCUUGGUUCUCCAGAUCGCAUGUGGAAACACCCAGAUGAGCCUGUGCUUCUAGAAGAACCCGGGAUCAAAAAACUGGCAGAAAAAUACAGCAAGUCACCGGCACAGAUCAUCCUCAGAUGGCAAGUGCAGCGUAAAGUGAUUGCCAUUCCCAAGAGUGUCACUCCCGCUCGCAUUCAGCAGAAUCUCCAGGUGUUUGAUUUCAGCCUCACAGAAGAGGAGAUGAACCAUAUUGGAAGCCUGAAUAAAAACUGGCGUUACAUUGUCCCAAUGAUUACGGUGAAUGGAAAGCUAGUAGCAAGAGAUGCUGGACACCCGCAUUACCCCUUCAAUGACCCCUAUUAACUACUAGAAAAUGAGGUGUUAGCAUAACGUGCUCCUCUGCACACUCUUCCACAAAGUGAUUGUUGCCACAAUUUGUCAAAAAACCUGUCCAAAUAAGACCUUCCUUCCUGAGUAGGUUGACUUACAAUGUACCGCUACUAACUGACCUCCUUCCUGGACAUACUGUAGCUUCCAUGUCAAAAUUUGUGGAUUACAAUGACUGCAGGCUUUCUCCUGGAAGCACAAAAUCUUUUGGGGAUUAGGUAAAGAGUGGGUGAGCCUGAAUCAAGUUCCAAACACGUCAUUAUCAGGUUAGGGCAAUAAUUUGGGUUUCCUGCCUGCAAAAUGGUUUUGAAAGCUUUAGUUAUUAACAUGGCAGGGUAGGGAAAGGGGGUGGGGGGGAAGGCAUGAAAGUAGUUUAAAACUAAACUGCUCAGCCAUUGACUUUGGAUAUCUUUAUUCCUUCUAUCAACAUAAUAGUAAAGUAAAAUGUGCUACAGUUACACUAUGUCCAUAAACCAUUCAUUAAAACCCAAGUAACCAGCAACACCCAGUGCUUUUUAUCCCCUUUAGAGUACUUGUGGGACUCAGAAUUCUCUAUUUUCUUUUUCUUUUAAUUUGCCUGUAGAUUUGAGGAGAAUAAAUGCAUACCCUGGAGCAGGCCUUCAGGGCUAUCCUCUCUGUUGCUUGUCACAUGGAUAAGUUUCAGCUCUAACAAUAGUUCUGAUUGUCCUGUCACAAAAGCCUCAAAAACCUUCUAGCAAGUCUUGUGGAAGAACAUCCUGCUUUUACUGUAAAGUUGCCCAACGUCUGUUUACCAAAGAUGUCCAGUUUGAGUUCUGGAAGGCCACCAAAUUUGUUCCUGGCUAUACAGUAAGAGCAAAGACCUGUCAAAGGGCCCCUUCCAUUUUAAUGUUGCAUUUUUGGCUGAUGCCUGGGAGAGCUGGUCCUGUCUCCUGUUCUACCGCUGACCCGCUGGUAACACCGGGCAAGUCAUUUGCCUUUUCUGUGCCUCUGUUUUCCUCCUUGCCGUGUCUGUCUCUGUGUUACUCCCUGGCAGGGGCUAAUUUCCUGAGUGCUGAUACACUGUUGAGCAGGACUGGGGCCCUAGCGCUAACAAGGGUUUUAUUCUGUUUCAGUCUUGUUUCAGUCUCUUAAUGAAUUGUCUAGCCAUCCGAGUACAAAGGGCAUGAGGUGUUAGUACCUACCAGAGCUCCGAUGCCUAUACCUUCUGUGGCCUUAGAAACCUUAACACUUUAUUUUGAUUUUCUCUACCUGUAAAACAGGAUUAAUGCUCAUUUGCCUUUGUACAGGCAGGGGUAGCAAGGCAGAGUUUCUAAAGGCCUCUUGGAUUUAAAACAAAGGAACUCUUUCAGAUCUGUUGAUGCCAUUCAGAGACAGUCGUAGGCAUGACUCCUCGUUUGCUGCUGGAUAAAGAAAGCUUAACUGGUUGUUAGUGAAAUAAAGAUUACUUAUUUUUUAUUUUUCUCAUAGCAAUACAAACAUAGAAUUAGAAAAAGAAUCAUCUGUAUUCAAAUAGUUUUAAAGAAUUAUUUCAGUUUUAAUAACCUCAUUUAUGGUAGGCCUAAAGUAAAACUAUAUAUUCAACUCAAGCAUAAUGCCUCCUCAGGUAUUUCCUGCCCUGGGCCUCACAGCACGCAGCUAAACUGGAACAAACCUGUUUAUCACUUUUUGUAGUCCUUAUGUACAAUUUAAAGAAUUUCUGUUCCUCGGUAAAGUGUUUCCUAAUUCCUGCUGAAUUUACCUCAGUGGAGAAAGCCAUUGCAGCUCAGUUAGGAUUCUUUACUACACUGGACGUUUUCUUCUGAGGGAAAGGAAAUCCCUGUUGGUUUUUUAUUAUUCUAAUCAAACACGGGUGACUUUGAAUACAGUUCUUACUGCAGAUCAGUAGGGAAGCAACUUUACUUUGAAGGCACUAUGUAGAACGUUAACAGCAGUCAUCCUGCCAAGAGAAGUGGCUUUUCUUGCAUGUAUUUACACUUGUAUGUUUGCAUGUCUUAAAUAAAUACUGCACGCGGUGUA